UAGCCGUGACGUGACCGAAAGGCCGACGACAGUUGCCGUUUCCCGACCGCGAGAUGGACCCUGUAAGUCUGGAACAUUUACUGUACGCUGUUAACAGGGGAAUUGUCCGAAAAAUAGUUGGAAUUGCGACAGUAUAAUAUUGUCUCUAUAUUCUUUUAAAAACGGGAUUGCCAGAUUAGGAUGAAAAAACGAUCAGGACGAGGAUGUUUGCAGCAGAGGGAAUUGUUCUCCUUUAAAUGUUUAAGGGUUUGGUUUACAUAUACUAUUUGCCAUUGAGAUUAAUACAGAUUUUUCCACAUUUUGGAGAUACAAACAGUUUCUGUUUUAAUUCAUUGAUUUGAGGCCGGGGACCUUUUCUCUUUCAUAAGCGCUCGAACCAGGUGACUGUGUAAUCUGUGAUUUGUGGCAGGUACUCGCGCUGGUGCUGUAGUCUGCUAUGCAGGGACACUGCCGGUGCUAUAUGUGGGCUGUUUCCUAAAAAAAAGUGAAGCCUUUCGUGGUGAAACUUAAAAAGAAAAGAAAACAGUGGUUUUACCAUUGGUUGCACUUAAUUGGACCCAUGCAUAUUGCUAAGCAGUGUAUUACUGUUUCAGCAGCCCUUGGAUCAGGACAGUGCAACCCCAAAUGCAGGUAUAGUAAACUGAUACGUUAACACUGCAGGUAUCGAAUAUCUGGAUCAGGACUUAGAAGAGUAAUUCCGCAUUGGAAUAUGGUGCCUGACUCCUCAUCAGCAGUAUGUCUCGUGAUGGUUACGGUGCUCAUGUUUUGCUUGGGAGUAUCUACAGAUGCAUAUAGUGAGCCUGUAUUUAUCAAAACCCCUGAAGAUCAGAUUGGAAUUUCAGGUGGGGUUGCUUCAUUUGUGUGCCAGGCAACAGGUGAUCCAAAACCACGUAUAACGUGGAUGAAAAAAGGGAAAAGAGUUAGUUCACAGAGGUUUGAGGUGAUAGAAUUUGACGACGGCUCAGGGUCUGUAUUGCGGAUACAGCCUCUCCGUGCUCAACGAGAUGAAGCCACAUAUGAGUGUACAGCGACCAAUAGUGCUGCAGAGAUUAGCACCAGUGCCAAGUUAACCGUACUAGAAGAGGAACCCCUUCCAUUUGGUUUUCCUAAAAUUGACAUGGGGCCCCAGCUGAAAGUAGUAGAGAAGACGCGCACAGCUACAAUGCUGUGUGCAGCCAGUGGAAACCCAGACCCAGAAAUCACUUGGUUUAAGGACUUUCUUCCAGUAGACACAGCCAGCAGUAAUGGCAGAAUCAAACAGCUCCGCUCAGUAUUAGUCGGUGGUACACCAAUAAGAGGAGCCUUACAGAUAGAAAACAGUGAAGAAUCGGAUCAGGGUAAAUACGAAUGUGUGGCAACCAACAAUGUUGGAACACGGUAUUCUGCACCUGCCAAUCUGUACGUCCGAGUGCGCCGUGUCCCACCUCGCUUCUCAAUCCCUCCAAGCAGUCAUGAAGUGAUGCCUGGUGGCAGUGUUAACCUCACUUGUGUGGCAGUAGGGUCUCCAAUGCCAUAUGUGAAAUGGAUGAAAGGUAGUGAAGAGCUCACAAAGGAGGAUGAGAUGCCUGUUGGCAGGAACGUCUUGGAGGUGAACAGCAUUCAUCAGUCUGCCAACUUUACCUGUGUUGCCAUGUCCUCUCUAGGCAUCAUUGAAGCCACAGCUCAGAUUACAGUCAAAGCAUUGCCAAAACCACCAUCUGUGCCAUUGGUAACUGAAACAACAGCUACAAGUGUUACCAUCACCUGGGACUCAGGGAAUCCUGACCCUGUUUCAUACUACAUAAUUCAGUAUAGACCCAAAUCCUCUGAAGGCCCCUUUCAAGAGGUAGAUGGAGUUGCUACAACUCGGUACAGCAUUGGCGGACUCAGCCCAUUCUCUGAGUACGAGUUUCGGGUUAUGGCAGUGAACAACAUUGGUCGAGGGCCACCAAGUGACCUUGUAAAAGCUCUGACAGGAGAACAGGCUCCUUCCAGUCCCCCAUUGAAGGUGCAUGCCCGAAUGCUAAGUACUGCUACUUUGCUUGUGCAGUGGGAACCACCAGAGGAAGCCAAUGGCCAGAUCAGAGGGUACCGUGUGUACUACUCUGUAGAUCCUCACCUACCUCUCGGGAUGUGGCAGAAGCACAACACUGGUGACAGCCGACUGACAACUAUAACUGAACUGACUUCAGGCGUAACUUACAGCAUCAGGGUCUUGGCAUUCACAUCUGUUGGAGAUGGUCCUCUCUCAGAAAUGAUACAAAUCAAGAUGUUACAAGGAGUUCCCACGCAGCCAUCUAAUUUUGAUGCAGAAGCUGUUUCUGAUACGGCAGUAGAACUCACAUGGCGACCAGCCCAGCAGGACAGAAUCGCCAAAUAUGAACUGGUUUAUUGGGAAGGAGCGGAUGGCAAACAGAUUAAACUGACAUUUGAGCCUGUGUCAUCUUAUAUAGUAGAUGGCCUGAAGCCAGACACCCUUUAUAAGUUCCAGUUAGCAGCUCGUUCUGACGUUGGCCUUGGAGUGUCUACAUCUCCCAUUGAAGCAAGGACUGCACAAUCCACCCCUUCUGCCCCACCCCAAGAUGUUCAGUGCACAAGUACCAGUUCUACCUCCAUUCGGGUAAGUUGGGUACCACCACCUGCCAAGAAUCGCAAUGGAGUCAUUGUCAAAUACUCCAUUGCAUAUCAGGCGGUGGAUGGGGAAGACAGCAAGAAGUACACAGUAGAAGACAUUGGACCAGAACUAUCGAGCUGGCUGUUAGAGGGCCUGGAGAAAUGGACAGAGUAUGAGGUGUGGGUGAAAGCUCAUACUGAUGUGGGCCCAGGACCUGAGAGCCCUCCAGUAAAGAUUCGCACAGAUGAGGAUGUGCCAAGUGCCCCACCACGGAAGGUUGAGGCAGAAGCACUGAACUCAACAGCCAUUCGGGUUACAUGGAAGCCACCCAUUCCAAACAAACAACAUGGCCAAAUCCGAGGCUACCAAGUUAUUUAUGUUCAGCUGGAAAACAAUGAACCCCGGGGUGUGCCAGUGAUCAAGGAUGUCAUGUUAGCAGAGGCACAGUGGAUACUUGAGGAUCCAGCGGACUAUGAGACUGUCAUUGGAAGCCUACAGCCUGAAACAACAUACUCCAUAACAGUAGCAGCAUAUACAACUAAGGGUGAUGGAGCACGGAGCAGAUCAAGAGUUGUCACCACCACAGGGCCUGUUCCAGGAAUGCCGACCAUGUCUGUCAGUACAACAAAGAUGAACACUGCUUUGAUUCAGUGGAAUCCUCCACCAGAGAUGGUUGGAGAACUUCUUGGUUACCGGCUUCAGUACAAGAGAAUUGAGGAAGAGACAUUUACCAUUGUGGAUUUUGAGAAAAAGGAUGAUCAUUAUACUGCCACUAAUAUGCACAAGGGGGCAACUUACAUCUUUAAAUUGUCAGCCAAGAACAAAGCAGGAACAGGCGAAGAAUGUGUGAGAUAUGUAAAUAUCUCUGAAGAUGUUCCAAGUGGCUUCCCCCAAAACUUAAAGGUGGUAGGGCUUACAACUUCGACCACAGAGGUAGCUUGGGACCCUCCAGUGCUGUCUGAGCGAAAUGGGAAUAUUAUUUUUUACACUGUUUUGUAUCGAGAUAUAAACAGUCAGCAGGACCUGAAUAAUACCACUCCUGAGAAUCGCAUAACAUUGGUGAACCUGAAGCCUGAUACCACCUAUAACAUUAAAGUAAGGGCACAUACAAGUGUGGGAGCUGGACCUCCUAGCCCAAGCAUCCAGUCUAGGACUAUGCCCGUUGAACAAGUGUUUGCCAAGAAUUUCCGUGUGAGUGCAGUAAUGAAAACGUCAGUGUUGCUGAAUUGGGAAGUACCUGAUUCCUAUAAAUCCUCAGUGCCUUUCAAGAUCUUGUACAAUGGUCAGAGUGUUGAAGUAGAAGGACAGUCUAAGAGGAAGCUGAUUACUAAUCUACAGCCGGAUACAGAUUACUCCUUUGUGCUGAUGAAUCGUGGCAGCAGUGCAGGAGGACUACAACACCUGGUCAACAUACGCACUGCUCCCAAUGUGUUGCAGGCUAAGCCAGCCUUCUCAAGCAAAUUCAUUGAGAAUGGAUUGUUCACACUUAACUUGCCCAGGAUCCAGAAUGAUGAACCUGUAAAAGCGUACUAUAUUGUGGUGGUGCCCCUUGAUAAGAGCAGCAGCGGGCUGAGCACGAGGUGGCGGCACCCAGAAGAAAUGGAGCUAGAUGAGCUAUUUGAUAUGUUAAGCCAGCAUUUAUCCAGAAGCCGUCGGCAGGCAGAAGGUGCGAAACCUUACAUUGCUGCACAGCUGGACCACCUGCCAGAAACCUUCACUUUGGGAGAUGAGAAGUACUACAACGGAUUCUACAACAAGCCAUUGUCUGGGGAUCUUAACUACCACUGCUUUGUCCUGGCUUCUCUAGAGCGCAAGGAUACAAAAAUGUUUGCUGCCAGCCCCUACUCGGACCCAAUACUGGUGGAAGCUACACUAAAGCCUCAGGAAGAGCCAGAGAUGCUGUGGGUAAUGGGCCCAGUACUGGCUGUGAUUCUUAUCAUCAUCAUUGUAAUCGCUAUUCUUCUGUUCAAGAGGAAGCAAGAAAGGAAGAGAACAAACUCCCCAUCCAGUAAGGAAGACAAUGCCAGUUUCUUGAAAGAUGCCCUCUUGGCCCAUUCAUCGGAUCCUGUUGAAAUGAGGCGCCUGAAUUACCAAACUCCAGGUUCCAGUGCCCCCAGUUGCCCGAACAUUUCAAGUAUGCGAGAACAUCCUCCAAUUUCCACUGCAGAUCUUGCUGACCAUAUUGAAAGACUGAAGGCCAAUGAUGGGUUAAAGUUCUCACAGGAAUAUGAGUCUAUUGAUCCCGGACAACAGUUUACCUGGGAGAAUUCAAACCUGGAAGUGAAUAAGCCAAAGAACCGCUAUGCAAAUGUCAUUGCUUAUGAUCACUCCCGUGUGAUACUGAACUCUGUUGAUGGUGUGCCAGGAAGUGAUUAUAUCAAUGCAAAUUAUAUAGACGGGUACAGAAAACAAAAUGCAUAUAUUGCCACACAGGGACCUCUACCAGAGACGUUAAGUGACUUCUGGAGAAUGGUAUGGGAGCAGAGAACAGCAACUAUAGUAAUGAUGACCCGACUAGAGGAAAAGUCCAGGAUCAAAUGUGACCAGUACUGGCCAAGUCGUGGUACAGAAACAUAUGGUAUGAUUCAGGUUACACUGCUGGAUACAGUGGAAUUAGCAACCUAUAGCGUGAGGACGUUUGCUCUUUAUAAGAAUGGGUCAAGUGAAAAGCGAGAAGUAAGACAGUUCCAAUUUCUGGCUUGGCCUGAUCAUGGAGUUCCGGAAUAUCCCACACCAAUUCUAGCAUUUCUACGAAGAGUUAAAGCAUGUAACCCAGCAGAUGCAGGACCAGUUGUGGUACACUGCAGUGCUGGUGUUGGCAGGACAGGCUGCUAUAUAGUGAUAGAUGCUAUGCUUGAAAGGAUGAGGCAUGAGAAGAGUGUGGAUAUUUAUGGUCAUGUGACCUGCAUGAGGGCACAGAGAAAUUACAUGGUGCAAACAGAAGACCAGUAUAUUUUCAUCCACGAGGCCUUACUAGAAGCAGCUACAUGUGGAAACACAGAGGUUCCAGCAAGAAACUUGUAUGCCCACAUACAGAAACUAACACAAGUACCACCUGGGGAAACAGUAACAGCAAUGGAACUGGAGUUCAAGCGACUUGCCAAUUCCAAAGCACAUACCUCACGCUUUAUCAGUGCCAACCUCCCCUGCAACAAAUUUAAGAACCGCUUGGUGAACAUAAUGCCAUAUGAAUUAACAAGAGUUUGCCUGCAGCCCAUUCGAGGAGUAGAAGGGUCAGACUACAUCAAUGCCAGCUUCAUUGAUGGAUACAGGCAGCAAAAAGCAUACAUUGCUACCCAGGGACCCUUAGCUGAAACAACAGAGGAUUUCUGGCGUAUGUUGUGGGAGCACAAUUCCACCAUCGUGGUGAUGCUGACAAAACUGAGAGAGAUGGGAAGGGAAAAGUGCCAUCAGUACUGGCCAGCCGAACGCUCAGCUCGCUAUCAGUACUUUGUGGUGGAUCCCAUGGCAGAGUACAAUAUGCCACAGUACAUCUUGCGAGAGUUCAAAGUUACAGAUGCACGGGAUGGUCAGUCCAGGACAAUCCGUCAAUUCCAGUUCACAGACUGGCCUGAGCAAGGGGUUCCAAAAACAGGAGAAGGAUUCAUUGAUUUUAUUGGGCAGGUACAUAAAACAAAAGAACAGUUUGGACAAGAUGGACCAAUCACUGUUCACUGCAGUGCUGGUGUGGGCAGAACUGGAGUGUUUAUUACUCUCAGUAUUGUACUAGAGAGGAUGCGGUAUGAAGGGGUCGUGGACAUGUUCCAGACAGUAAAGACAUUGCGCACUCAGAGACCGGCUAUGGUGCAAACAGAGGACCAAUAUCAGUUAUGCUACAGGGCAGCACUGGAGUACCUGGGCAGCUUUGAUCACUAUGCAACGUAAUUCAUGCUUUCAUCCCAUUCCAAACCUGGUAUCUUCAGGAGAGAAUGAGAAGAGAGAGAGACACACACACAUGAAGGGGGUCCUUCUGAGCCAUAUCCAAUCAUUGAUCACUCUUCUAGAGAAUCCUGUCUAUGGACUACUAAUUUCCAAUGAACAGAUGAUACAAUGUUCUGGAAGCUACUACUGUUCAUUACCAGAACAUAAUUAGUCAAGACAGCUCUUUUAAUUUCUGCUCCUCUCCCGUUCCUUCUAAACACCCAGAGAUCUCUACAUCUCUGGUACACAGCAUCGCAUAGCAAUGCUUAACACAUCGGAUUCCUUUUUUAAGAUAUAUAUAUAUAAAUAUAUAUAUAUAUAUAUAUAUAUAUAAAAUGAGUACUAUUUUUUUUUAAUAAUCAUUUUAAAAAAUUGGUAAUUUUUCUUAUGUCUUAAUGUCUUGCUCAGUCAGGAUACAAAACAUCUGGAUUGUUUGUUUGCUUUUAAUCUUUUUAUUAAGUUUAUUUUUGUGUUUUUAAUAGAUUACAUUGCUAACAGACCUGCCCAUUUUUGUGCAGCUCUGUGAUUGAUCUCGGUGACUGGAAAAUACUUAAACAAAAAAAAAUGACUCUGUGCUGCUUUCUCUUCUGAACUAGAAUAUUAAAUUCCUUUGAACUGGACAUCGGAAACUGAAGGGGAAAGAUUUCACCUUUUCUCUUCCAGGUGACUGACUUAAGGGAUAAAAAGCACAUUGUAGAAUUAUAAGAAAGAAAGCUAACACUAUGGAAAAGUACAAACGUGUUAUUGUUCUCUGAAUGUCUUUGUUUCAGUUCUAAGUUUGAUGACUUUUCAGAAAGAUGUUAAGUUUGACAGUUUACAGGAAGCAAACAAAAAUUUUUUGCUUUGAACUACUGAUAAUUGACAAAAAAUAAGGAUGUUUGUGGGUUUGAAAUUGCAUAACAGAAUGUGGCCUUCUUUGUGGCUGAGUAAAAGACUGACAAGGGUCAAUGAUAAUUGCAGUGCCUGCCAGAGCAGGUGUAUACUCUGAAAGCAACUACUGUCAGCAGCAAGCUGUAAUUGUGUUGUUGAAAUCCAUGUGAACUAGAAGGGAAGUCAGAUGCUCAGCUGCUUGGUUUCUUUAUCAUUUAUGCUGUUCUGCAAAUGUUGAAAUUAGUUGCAGUAUCAUACUUGCAAGUAAAUUUGGGACUUUAACAUAAACCAAUGUGGAAAGACUACUGAGCUUAAGUUAAUGGUACUAUAAAAUUCUCAUUAGUGUAUCAAGCUUGCACUAUUAAAAUGGGAAAUCCUUCUCUGGGUGUAGACAAGUUGGUGGUGGAAGGUUUAUAUAUAUAUAUAUAUAUAUAUAUAUAUAUAUAUAUAUAUAUAUAUAUAUAUAUAUAUAUAUAUAUAUAUAUAUAUAUAUAUAUAUAUAUACUAUCAAAUAUAUUCAGAAUGUUAAAAACAUGAGUCAGAAUUGAUUGAAGCAAGCAUUUUGAAAUGUUGGAAAAGCAUUCAUUUUUACCUUGUGUACGCAUAGUGCUGUAGGGAUUUCACUGUUGUAUACACAGUCUGUUUUCUAUUUGUUAAUAAAAAAGAAUUACAGCAUCAUUGCAUAAUUCUUAAUGUUAAUAAAGUUGAAUAAUUGGGUUUUAUA